GUAGUGAUGCACCACAUCAAUCAACAAUUUCUCGUUGGAAUGGAGAAUUUACACGAGGACGGGUUAAUCUUAGUGACGAGCCAAGAACAGAUGCACCUAAAUCGGUAGUCACCCAGGAAACCAUUGAUGCUUUGUGCAGGAUCAUCGAGGACGAUCGGCAUAUGACAUAUCGCGAGAUUGAAGCAUCGUUAGGGAUUUCAAAGACCUCAAUCCAAAAGAUUUUGCAUGAAGAAUUGGAAGUAAAAAAAUUAGUGUCCCGUUGGAUACCGCAUCUGUUGACCGAAAAACAAAAAGAAGCUAGGGUAAAUUGAUGUCAAAAAACUCUAGAGCGCUUCAACGCUGGAAACUCUAAAAACUCUAAAAACGCGUACUGCAUCGAAAGUGGUGAUGAAUCAUGGAUUUACUCAUAUGAACCUGAAAAUAAACGCCAAUCGUCUGUUUGGGUUUUCCAAGGUGAAGACAAGCCGACAAAAGUGAUCCCGACCUAAGUUUCAACGAUUUUUUUUUCUUUUCGAAAAUCAAGAACGCACUGCGUGGGCAACGGUUCCAGUCACCAGAAGAUGCAGUUGAUGCAUUCAAAACAGCCAUUGGAGC